CUCCGCAAGAAGAAAAGCCACCAGUUCCUCCCCUCCUCUACCUCCCAUCCUUUGCUCAGGAGCGGCCUUCAUCACAGUCACGCCCCUUCCUUCCAAGGAGCUUUCUGGCUGCCUUCUCUGGUAGACCCCUGAAUUACUCCUUCAUCUCUAUUCUUUUUCGUCUCUUCUUCUCUUAGUUCUCACCGCCUUCUCCCACUAUCACCAUCUCCAGCCUGUCUCGUCUCCCACCAUCCGCUGCUCCACCCUCCCACCCAGUAUCCUGCCUGUCCACUGCCACCAAGAAGAGCCCAGACGGAGCAGCGAGGAGGGAAGUAGCCAGGACCUGGGGCUUCCUCUAUGCCCAUCCUUGGCCUUUGGCCUGGGACUGGGACCAAAGCCACUUGAGCGAGCAGAGAGAGUCGUCACCUUGUCUUCGUUGACUUCAGGGCUGCUGAGAAGACUUACAGACGAGAAAGAGCUUUUGAUAGAAGCCUGAAAGAAUAAAGAGUGACCAGUGGUUGGACUCUUGGCGGCGCUUACCCUGACCUGAGUGUUAGGGGAGAGGGAAUCUGCUGCUGCUGUUUCUGGAGCUGCUCAUAAGCAAGAGUUCCCUAUCCUGAUCAAGGCUUUAAGCCUAAAAGAAAGCAGAAAUAGGUCAAGGGCAGCCCAAGUGCCCAAUUUCUCUCUCUCUUCACAAAGGACCAGCAGCGAUAGAGAUGAGAAGUUCUGAAGAACAGCCAAGUGGAGGAACUACAGUACUGCAACGUCUACUACAAGAGCAGCUUCGCUAUGGCAAUCCUAGUGAAAAUCGCAAUCUGCUUGCUAUUCAUCAGCAAGCCACAGGGAAUGGUCCUCCUUUCCCCACUGGCAGUGGGAACCCAGGCCCUCAGAAUGAUGUGUUGAAUCCUCAGGAUCACCAUCAACAACUUGUGGCACACGCUGCUCGUCAGGAACCCCAGGGCCAAGAAAUUCAAUCAGAAAACAUCAUUAUGGAGAAGCAGCUGUCCCCUCGGAUGCAGAAUAAUGAGGAACUCCCAACCUAUGAAGAAGCCAAGGUUCAGUCUCAGUACUUCCGAGGCCAACAGCAUGCCAGCGUUGGAGCUGCUUUCUAUGUCACCGGAGUUACUAACCAGAAGAUGAGAACCGAAGGACGCCCAUCCGUUCAGCGGCUCAAUCCUGGGAAGAUGCACCAGGAUGAAGGACUCAGAGACCUUAAGCAAGGGCAUGUCCGCUCCUUGAGUGAACGACUAAUGCAGAUGUCACUGGCUACCAGCGGAGUUAAAGCCCAUCCACCUGUUACCAGUGCUCCUCUCUCACCACCACAACCCAAUGACCUCUACAAGAAUCCCACAAGUUCCAGUGAAUUCUACAAGACUCAAGGGCCAUCUCCCAGCCAGCAUAGCCUGAAAGGCAUGGAACACCGAGGUCCCCCACCAGAGUAUCCUUUUAAGGGCAUGCCACCACAGUCUGUAGUGUGCAAGCCCCAAGAGCCAGGGCACUUCUAUAGUGAGCAUCGCAUGAACCAGCCAGGGAGAACAGAGGGGCAACUGAUGAGGUAUCAGCACCCCCCUGAGUAUGGAGCAGCCAGGCCAACACAAGACAUCUCGCUGUCGUUAUCAGCCAGGAAUUCUCAGCCUCACAGCCCUACUUCUUCUCUAACAUCUGGGGGAUCUUUGCCCUUGCUGCAAUCUCCACCGUCAACUAGACUGUCUCCUGCUCAACACCCAUUGGUCUCAAACCAAGGCGAUCACUCUGCUCUUCUGCCAAGGCAGCAGCAGCAGCAGCAGCAUUUCCUUCCUAAUCAGAGUCACCAGGGGGAUCACUACCGUAUCUCCCAGCCAGGCCUGACUUCUCCACCUCCACCACAGCAGCAAGGAGAAACCUACUCAGCUAUGCCUCGGGCUCAGCAGUCUGCUUCUUAUCAGCCCAUGCCGGCUGAUCCUUUUGCCAUUGUUUCCAGAGCUCAGCAGAUGGUUGAGAUCCUCUCAGAUGAGAACCGGAACUUGCGGCAGGAGUUAGAUGGAUGCUAUGAGAAGGUGGCAAGAUUACAGAAGGUGGAGACAGAAAUUCAGCGUGUCUCAGAGGCUUAUGAGAACCUAGUGAAGUCAUCUUCCAAAAGAGAGUCCCUGGAGAAAGCGAUGAGGAAUAAGCUGGAGGGGGAGAUUCGGAGAAUGCAUGACUUCAACAGAGAUUUGAGAGAGCGUCUAGAGACAGCCAACAAGCAGUUGGCAGAGAAGGAGUAUGAGGGGUCAGAGGACACCAGGAAAACUAUCUCUCAGCUCUUUGCUAAAAACAAAGAAAACCAGCGAGAGAAGGAGAAGCUGGAAGCAGAGCUGAUUACUGCUCGCUCUACCAAUGAAGACCAAAGGCGGCACAUUGAAAUACGAGACCAGGCAUUGAGCAACGCUCAAGCAAAGGUGGUAAAGCUGGAGGAAGAGUUGAAGAAGAAGCAAGUGUAUGUAGAUAAGGUUGAGAAGAUGCAGCAGGCCCUUGUGCAGCUCCAGGCAGCUUGUGAGAAACGUGAGCAACUGGAGCACCGACUUCGGACACGUCUGGAGAGGGAACUGGAAUCCCUUAGAAUCCAGCAGCGCCAGGGCACCUCUCAGCCCACUAAUGUUUCAGAAUACAAUGCUGCUGCGCUGAUGGAGCUCCUUCGAGAGAAGGAGGAAAGAAUUCUGGCCCUGGAAGCUGAUAUGACAAAGUGGGAGCAGAAGUAUUUGGAAGAGAAUGUGAUGAGACAUUUCGCUCUGGAUGCUGCUGCAACUGUGGCUGCUCAGAGGGACACAACAGUCAUCAGCCACUCUCCUAACACCAGCUAUGACACAGCUCUAGAGGCUCGCAUCCAGAAGGAAGAGGAAGAAAUCUUGAUGGCCAACAAGCGUUGUCUGGACAUGGAGGGCAGGAUUAAGACUCUCCAUGCCCAGAUUAUUGAGAAGGAUGCCAUGAUCAAGGUGCUACAGCAGCGCUCCCGGAAGGAGCCAAGUAAGACAGAGCAGCUGUCAUCCAUGAGACCAGCAAAGUCGCUGAUGUCCAUUUCCAAUGCUGGAUCGGGCUUGCUUUCCCACUCAUCCACCCUAACUGGUACUCCCAUCACAGAGGAGAAGCGGGAUGACAAGAGCUGGAAGGGGAGCCUAGGCAUUCUUCUUGGUGGAGACUAUCGAGCUGAGUCCAUCCCAUCCACACCCUCACCUGUACCUCCAUCCACUCCCCUACUCUCUGCUCACUCCAAGACUGGCAGUCGUGACUGCAGCACCCAAACUGAACGUGGAGCAGAACCAAACAAAAGCGCAGCUGUCACUCCCAUCUCUGUUCCUGCUGCUGUUCCAGUUGCUGCUGCCGCCACUGCUGCUGCCAUCACUGCCACUGCUGCCACCAACACUGCCACUGCUGCCACCAACACCACCAUCAUGGUAGCUGCUGCUCCAGUUGCUGUUGCUGCUGCUGCUGCUCCAGCUGCUGCCACUGCUGUUGCUGCUUCCCCAUCUCCAGCGACUGCUGCUACCCUUGCUGCUGCUGUUUCUCCAGCUGCUGCUGUUCCGAUUCCAGCUGCUGCAUCUCUUACUGCUGCCACUGCUGUUAUUCCUUCUCCUAUUGCUGCUAAUGCUGCUGUUGCUGCUGCUACUGCUGCUGCUGCUGCUGCUGUGCAGGUUGCUCCAGCUGCUACGGCUCCAGUUCCAGCUCCAGCUCCGGUUUCGGCUCCAGCAGCAGCUCAGGCUUCUGCUCCGGCUUCGACUCAGGCACCAGCUCAGGCUCCGGUUGCAGCUCCUCCUCCACCUCCGACUCCAGCUUCAGCUUUGGUUCAAGCUGAGGCUCCUGCAAGUCCAGCAACCAGUUCUGGACCACGUCGUUUGUCCACACCAAAUUUAAUGUGCAAUCCAGAUAAGCCAGAUGGUCCUGUUUUCCACUCCAGUACCCUGGAAAGAAAAGCACCCAUUCAGCUCCUGGGACAAGAGCCUGAUGCAGAGAUGGUGGAAUAUCUCAUCUAAAAUACCAGAUCAAGAGCUGAAGUUUAUCAGCAAGAGUGUUUUUUAAUCAUUUUCCCCUUUUGUUUGUUUUUAUUCUGGGGGUGAAAACGGGGGUUGGGGGUAGGGUUGGUUUUUUAAAGGGACUUUUUAUUGGACUCUUAUAGUACUUAAGUAAUACCAUAUGAUACCAAUCCAUUCUGGAAUACUUAGGGAGUACCUAGAAAAGAUAGAUUAAUCAGAAUGUGCUCUGAGGUUUAUUGUUGGGAUUUAUGCAAUUCUUGGAUUGUUUGCAGGUAGUGACGUCCAUUGAUGUUUAUAAUAUGCUUAAAUUUCUUUUAAAGUUCCUUGUUCAAGGUCAUUGAAGAACACAGCAUGUAUGGAAGGCAGUUUGUAACAUGUAGUUCAGAAGUGGGAUGCCAGAGCGAAUUUGAGGACAUGCUGCUUUGUCUUAAUGACUCCCUAGACAGCAGCCACAGAAAGCUCUUAUUUGGGUUUGAGGAAAGAAAUUGUUUUAGAAGCUAUGGAAGCGGGAGUAAAGGUAGGGAGUAUUGGAGACAGAAGGAUGCUGGAGCCAAUAUUCUCACUGGUUGCCAGUUACCUUGUCCCAGGAAAUUGAUUGUGUUUAUCUCCAUUUUAAUGGUGCUUUGGAAGUGGAUUCUUUUGACUCCCACCUGG